UUGAAGACGAAGACGCGGAGAAACGCUUUCUAUGCGUUUGAAACUCAUCGAGUCAUUGCAGAACAAAAUUGCAGCACAGUGGAUAAGGAAAGAGAAGAUGGCGAGGUGACGGAUGAAGAAGCAUCGGGAACACCUAGACCUAGUUCGCAAACAAGAAAGGAAACGUCAUCGUCGUCCAGGUUGAGGAAGACCGGUCAUGUGACGCGGAAAUCUGUACAUUCCAACAGAAGAGACGACGCAAGUGAUAAAAACAGGAGGCACUCCUCUGAGCGGACGUCCAGCAGAACCGCAGAUAAUCACAAACGACAUUCAACUCAACGUAGCUACCUAUGGGAGAAGAAGCCUGGAAAAUCGUCGACGCGCGCGUCAAUUUCAGGCUCCGAUAACCAGGAACGCAGAGACAGAGGUGCUAGUUCAUCAUUACGCUCCAGUUCGUCGCAUCGCUCAAAAAGGCAACGUGAAGAGACACAUGGGAAAACUGAUACGCCCAAUACGAAACACGUCGUUUCUGAGCUGUCCAUCACUCUUCCUUCUUCUCAAAUCAGCCCCAAUUCCGACUUUGUUAUUUCGACGUUGAAUGAAAAGAGAAGAAGUUCAAUUUCGGAGCGCAUCGUGGAAGCGUCAUCUUCGCACUCGAGCAGUGAAAAUCGACCUUUCAAACGAGUGGUAGAUUCGGGUGAUCAUAUUUCUAUCACAGUCAAUGCACACAGAGUGGACAAGACGAGCGUUCUCUCUCCCAACCGAACUGUCUCUGAGGGAACUCGACCAACCGGAAACAAAGUCUCUUUGGGCUCAGCGAGCUCUCCACGUUCAUCAAUCUCUGCUACAGUUAUGAAUAAUCGAUUAUCAAAUGACUUUGAUAAUCUUCUUCCUCAUAUACCACUCCCGCCAACGCCCACACCGUUUCGUUCUCAAACACUUUCACCAGUGAACGACAAGGAUUUCAUGCUGUUACCUCCUCCACCGGCGCCUCCUAUUCUC